AUGAGCAAGCCUUGUUCGCAGCUAAACAGCAAAGUUAUAAGAGAUAAAGUGGAGUGUCACAUAGUAGCAGCAAUUGAGAAAACGUGUUCUGUUGUAGCAUUUAAGUGUGUUUGGAGAGUAAGCGAUGAAGAAAUUCAACAAGCCUGGAAUUGGAUCUGUGAAAAGCGAGAUGAAUGUGAUUUGGAAUUGUCGAAACUGAGCGAGGUUUGCUUUUUCUUUUCGGCAAUAAGCACCUCAAAGCUUGACAGCAAAAAGAAAAAAUCAACAACAUCAGAUGAAGGACGAGAAAUCGACGAGUCUAACGAAGAAUCUGCCAUAAACCCCUCUCAAAUUUCAACGCCUGGAAAGCAAGUUUUCCCAGCAAUUUCGUAUUGGGUGGCUUGCCAAACUCAAAAUGGUUCAGCCGUUAAUCCCAUGAAAAUUCAACGUGCUCAUUCUCACGACUUAAACCAACUCUGCCAAGUUUUAAAAGAUCACAAGAAUCCUUGCCUGAUGAAUUUUGUGGAGGCUUCUUAUCAGCAUUGUCUCAGGUUAGUAUACUCAAUGCAAAACUGUUAUAGUAAAGGCUAUAGUUGACCAAAGAAAUCAACACCUAGAAGUCCACCCUUAUUGUUGCCAUCUUCUCCUUGUCAAGCAAUAUCUCUAAUUAACUGUCUUGACUCAAAUAACUAACAAUAUCCAAGGGUGCAAGUGGCUAAUUAAGUGCGAUUUAGACCAUCUGGGAAUUUCAACACGAAAAAGAGCGUUAAUUCAAACUUUGAUGCACUACUCAAAAAUUUAUUCUGAGAUAGUAAACUUGUCUGUUUUUUAUUCUUUAUUGACAGCGCCCUUCAAGACGAAAUAGAUAUUAGUGAUGAAGAACAGUCUCAAGAAAUGUUGUCGACAGAAAAUGUGGUUCGUGUGCGAGUGCUUAGGGAAGAAUUCAAACCGAUGAUGACUACAUCUAUCCGAGAAUUGCGCCGCGCUGGUUUGAAAAUCGAUUGUUUUGGUCUCCAUGAAAACGAAAGCAGCACCCCGGGCGUAGAAAUACCGUGUACACCACAUAAGCCAUUGUCUUGCCCACUAACAGUUCUUUGUAACGACAUCCAUGCCGCAAUGAAAAAGCUUCAGUUUAGUGUCUACCGGGGAGAUGUGUACAAGAAAGUUGCAGAAUCACAGUUUACUUUCAAGUUCCUUUGCUCCAUGAAGUCAUUUCUGUUAAAUCUUAUGGGGAACGAGUGCUUCAAAGACAGGCUUGUCCAACAUUUUCAACGAGUUCUACCACUUCUGAGUGAGCCAGAAAGUUCCCUGAUUGGCCAACUUAACAUAGAUCGAAACUUGGUUGAAGUGCAGAAUGGCUGGUUUUGGUCUUUCUCUGAAGGAGCUUUUGUACAAGGAGUGAUCCCAGAAUCAGAGGUGAGAGCAUACGUUUUCAUCAGUAAAGGUUGUUUUAAUUCCGUUAUCACAAUUUCCUUGGCUACAAUUUAUCUGCUGGCUAAAAUGACAAUGUAUCUGUUCAAUAGAAAAGUCGUUUUUCUAUUACUAUACAACAUAAUUAACCUUGGAAUAUGUCAAAUCAAGUGCUAUUCAGUUUCGAGUUACCUAAUCUAGGACUACUCCAAGUUGGUUGGCGGGUAAAGGUUUCUACUUGUUUUACCUAUUUAUUACAUGUUUGUAUGUUUUAACAGUUCUUUUUUUUUCUGUUUUCUACAGCGAGGUAUCACAUCACCAAGAGCGUAUGUCCACUAUGACAGCCUCCAAGAGCCCGAUCCUAAAUACUUCGAGCAAAUUCUAACCAAUAGCCUACCUGAAGGGCAAAUACAACAGUUUUGCGCUGAUUUCCUCGCGCUAUUCAGAGAUAAAGAACAUAAGCGACCUGUGCCAUGUGCCAUCGGAGCUUCUGACAGCGGCAAAACGAGCCUGUUCAGCCCAGUGUUUCAAAUUGUGCCGUUAAGCCGAAUUGCUCGCGUGACCAAACAGAAGAGCUUUAACAAGUCGAUGAUUGACAGCUCCACGGAAGUUAUCUUUCUCGACGAGGCAUACAACAACCUGCUCGACAUCGAUGACUGGAAGAUAAUUUGUCAAGGCGGUUUUACAUCCCACGAUGUAAAAUGGAAGAAGGCCCAGGGGUUCCACUGCCGUGCAAGUAUGUACAUUACAUGCCAACAAGAGAUGGACUUUGGCGAGGCCCACAAUGACGCGAUGAACCGAAGACUUCACAAGUACUUCUUCAGAAGCUUGCCGCAAGUUAACCCGGAGGCCAACCAGUGGCUGCGAGAACAUGCAAUGGGCUGCAUCGUAUGGGCCCAAAAGAUGGUUGCUACAAACUCCACUACCGCACAGACUGGAAGGACUUUAGGAGAUCGUGAGGACGGUUUAGAAAGUGAAGACAUUCAGAGAAUUUUGUCCGUUUCCCUACUGGACGAGAACGCCCCCGAGUGCAACACGGAGGGCGGUGAAAUCUCACUCACGGAUGAAGAGGAGAGUGAAGCCGAAAGCGACAGUUCCGAUGAAAAUGAAGAUAACAACCACAUAAACAAGCUUCGCCAUGAGCUCGAAAAGGCGAUGCCGGGUGGGUUUCGGCACAGACAGCUGAGCAUGCUCCUGCGAAACGCUCAAACAGAGCACAAAGCCAUCCAAGAUCGUCAAAUCGCCGGACGACGACGAUAUCUAGUAAAUUUGGGAGUGACCAGCAAAUCGCAGGCAGAUCGACUGAUUACGCAUCCCGACGAGCCACUACCAACCGACCUCGCCCGCAGAGAACAACAGGCCUUGAAUGAUAGGGCAGAACGUCUCGAAAAGCAAAGGGAAAGAGAUGAACAGGAGAAAGUUAAAAAAGCAUUCUCUAAUCCGUGGCUGUUAGAAAUAGAAAAAGAAAUGGCUGAGAACAAUAUGCGUUUAGAGAGAGGCACAGACCCCGACAUGAGUGCAACGCUGACGAGUCUUUUGGAGAUUGAUUGUGAGAAACUCCGCGCAUUUCACGAAAAACAAGGUACCCUUCGCCUGCAGAUGGCCGUGGAAAAAAGGAAAGAAAUCUGUGUGAAACGUGGAUUAGUGGAUCCUAGGUACGCGAGUUCCGUCAGAGAUGUGUACUCACCCUUACCGGUUAUCGUCGAAGGUAGCAACCAAAACAUGUCUAGACCAACGGCUGCAAACGACGAUGGUAAUACGCCAAAGACACCAUCUUACGACCCGCCUGAGGACACGCACCAGACGAUGUUUACUCCACCUACGAGCCAGGAGGUCGUCGAAUCGGAGAGCGAGGACAUGUUCAUUACACCGAAGACACCUUGUUACGAGCCCUCAUUUGAUGAAAGCAUUUGCACAGGCUCUUCACCAUUACUGAGGCGAGUACCCUCACCUGACAACAGACCUUCGAAGCGAGCAAAACUCUCGAGAAGCCAAACAACCGAGGGACAGAAGCGGGUGACUAGCUUUUUCAGUUCGCAGAAACGUGUAAAAAAGUAG